AUGAAUUUUGAGGUGAUUGAACUUGGACUUCUUGUCAUUUUCGCAACAGUAGUACUAGUGAUUUCCUUGGAUUGUUCGUCAAACAAACAAUGUGUAUGUCAAAAAAUAAAGGGAGAGCUAUGGGCAAUAUGUGAAAACCUUGAUCUAAUAUCAGCACCUUCAUUUAGCAAUGAGGUCAUAGGGAUAAGUCUUGCUAAUAACCGACUUAGCAAUUUUCCUACCAAUCUUUCUCUAAAUGUCGCUUACUUGGAUGUCUCGAGAAAUUGGUUGAGAAUUGUUGAUCGACGAUCACUGGAAAAAUAUAGUUUCCUGAGGAAUUUAUCAAUUUCUAAAAACUCGCUUCAGAUGAUUGAACUGGAUUCCUUUCAUAACUCCUCAAAUAUUGUGCAUCUUGAUAUUUCCAGUAAUCAGGAACUAACUCUGGAGGUUUUGGCCAAUAUAUCGAGUGAUUUAAGAAGUUCUACUUCUGUUCGCGUUUUAAAUUUUGAGAAUCUACAAUGUACGUACGGAGUAAGUUUCAUUGUUAAGAGAUAUCACCUUAUUGGCCUUAAACAUACACUUUUGGAAGAACUAAACUUGGCGUCCAAUCGCAUCAACAGCCUUGAGGCAGGUGUUCUGUCUGAUCUACCAAAGUCGCUAAAGCACCUAAAUCUGGCCAAUAAUAGACUCAGUUUUGGAAUAUAUUUGGUAGAAUUCGGUGAUUUGUCCAAUAUAGUGACCGUCAAUGCAAGUUUCCAGUCCUCUUUUCAUCAACUUAAAGUAGAAGACAUUGUCAUGAGCUGCAAUGAUACUCGACCGGUUUGUGCGACUUUGUCAGAAAACCAGCAUAGGUAUCUGAGAAGCAAUAGAUGGUCUACACUUUUACUGAGACCAAAAAAUAUUACAAUCUUACUGCCAUCUACGCUACAAUCUGUGUAUUUCCACGAUAACAUGUAUAAAAUGACUCUUCAAGACUUCUCAUUCAAAUUUAUUAGUAAACCUGCGUUGUCAAAGCUUUAUUUGCAAAACAAUAUUAUCUAUGAACUAAAUGGGCCCAUUGUUGGCAUGAAAAGUGUAUUUCACGCGGACUUCUCCAAUAAUUUUUGCAGGUAUAUCUCGCCAAGAUUUUUUGAAGAUUUCAGAAACUUGUCCCAUCUUGAUCUCUCCUAUAAUGCACUUGGAGAGAAUCUGGAAAAUGACGUCGAUGGAAAAAUAUUUCAAAAUCUGAGUAUGUUAACCUCUUUGAACCUAACUCGAAACAGGAUCCUUCGACUUCCGGCAAAAAUUUUUCAAAAUCUCCUCCAACUUGAAAAUCUUAACCUCAGUUAUAAUUCUUUGGGUGAGUUUAAAUUACCCAUAAGCCAUAUGGUUAAUCUGUCUUAUAUAGACCUCUCCGAUAACCAGUUAUCGACCAUGAACAAGGAAACUAGAAAUAUGUUAGACGCAGUAUCACAAGAGAAGAUUGUUUAUUUGAACUUAAAGGGCAACAAUUUCAGAUGCAAUUGUGGAAACUUAAAAUUCGUGAAAUGGGUUCUCAAUUCAAAGAACCUUGUUUUUCUUCAUUUUGAUGAUUAUACAUGCAUUUUAUCGAAUUCCACAAAUAUUCGAUUCUCAAAUAUUAGAUUACUCCAACUUUUGGAAAAGCAGUGUUCCUCGUAUACUCUCAUCAUCGUCAUUAUGACGGCAUUAACUUUCGUUGUCUUAACAAUCACCAUCAGUCGUAUUCUUUAUAGAUAUAGGUGGAAACUGAGAUAUAUGUAUUACGUGGCGAGGGAAAAAUAUAAAAAUAGUGAAAAAAAGCCAGACGCUUUAGAAAAUUUGUAUCACUUUGAUGCAUUUGUAUCUUAUGCCGAGAAAGACAGAACAUUCGUUAUUGAUCUUGUUAAGCGUUUGGAAGAGGAAUUCAAUCUAAGGCUGUGUAUACAUCAUCGUGAUUUCAUCCCAGGAACAGGGAUAGCAGAUAAUAUCACGAACGCCAUUCAUAAUAGCAGGAAAACCGUCUGUGUCAUAACUUCAGAUUUCUUACAAUCAUACUGGUGCAUGUUUGAGCUCAACAUGGCACGCAUGGAAGCCAUUUAUUCAAGAAAUGGUGAGAAUGUUUUGCUUUUGGUGGCAUUAGAGAAAGACGCCAUGAAAAAAUUACCAUUCUCAUUCAUGGACUUGAUUGAGUCAAAAUCUUAUAUAGAAUUUCCGGAGAGUGGAGACAAAGAUGAAGUGACAGCCUUUCGAUCGAAUCUUGGAGAUACUCUAAGAUCUUGUGACAAUGAAUUUAGAUCCCUAUCGGCAGAAAUAGGGGUUGGUGAUUAA